GGCGAGCGCGGUUGCUAUGACGCCCGGGACCCGGGCAGCACCUGCCGCUCGCGGGCCGCGGGACCUUCGUCGCACUCUGCAAAGGACAGUUUCCGGCCUGGUUGCUGAGGGUCCCGCCGCCGCCGCCGCCCCCCACGGUGGAAAGCACCUAUUCUCCGCUCUUUUUCAGCAUUCCAGGUCUUUCCCGCUUCUCUGCCCAGUAUGGCCCGAAACGGCAGGAGAAGAGCCUCUCCUGACUCGACCGCGGGCUGAAAGAAGGAUUCUGUGUGAGGAUGGAUUCGCGACUUCCCGGGACCCACCCGCCUCAGGCAUUUAAAGUUCGCCUGCCGCUCUUAUUUAAAGAGGGCUUACUUAGAACACCCUCGUCUUUUAGGCAGGCGUUCCUUUUCUCACUUUCCAGGCGAAGACUCACGCCUGCACAGAGACUGCGCCUGAAGGUGCAGGCCAUGACAAAGUACACCGAGCCACGGCUUCCCCUGGUUGUCCGCCCGUGAACAAAGAACUGCUGUUUUCUCCUUUUUGCAGAACUUUAUUUCCCAAAGAAGCUCUGGAGGCCUUUUGUAUCCUCAACAGCAGGCGUCAUCAAGUCAGUGACCUUCUGCCUUUCAGCCUACAACCUCAUCCACCUCUCUCACCACCCUGAGCGCCAGUUUUCUCACCCUGCUCAUUCCACAGCCAUCUCAUGCUGUCUUGUCCACACUGCACAUUCCUGAAUGUCCAUUCGUCUCCACCACCUCUGUCAUCUCUAGACCACCUCCUUCUUCUUUCCUGCUACAAUGCUUUGGGUAGCUAAAUAUUUCAUCUUCUCCAGCCCUGGACUCAUUUGGAAGAUUUUCUCUGUUCCUCUGCACUAUGGCAAGCUUUCUGUCUUGGGGAUACUAGAGACGAGAAUGGAGAAGCGUGCAUUGCAAACACAGGCUGAGGACUGCUACCAGAAAUCUAGACAAGCUUUCAGUGAAGCACAUGGAAGACGUUAAAGAAGUGGAAAACUAUGUAAACCAUGUCUGUAACUUACCAGAGGAAAGAGAAGCGUUUUCUCAUGGUUAUGGAAAGGAAAACAGACAGCUUAGAUGUCAGUUUAAAGAACUCCAACUCAAGCAGGAAGUGCAAAUAAAGGAGGUUGAAGAAAUGUUGUAUCAAGAAGGCUUGUCUGAAGUAGCUCUGAGCAGCCCCCAUGAACAGAUUGCACACUCACUCAUGGAAAGAAGUACUGUCUUGAGGAGACUGGAACUUGGGGACCCCAAGCCCGAGUCACAAAGACGUACAAGCAGUAACCUACAGAAAGAAUUUUCCCAGGAGAAAUCUGAACAGAUCCACCAGCCUCUGCAAAGAGGAGAUCAGAAACAUCAAGAACCUAAGCCUCAUUCUAAAAAAAACCAGAGUGAGUCCCAUAAUGAAGACCUGGAAAAAGAUAAAAUAUCACAAAACUGCCUAGAGAGAGAUAUGGAACAAAUGUCAGAGAGAUUAGGGAUGGCCCAAGAAGAGGUCCAAAGGCUCACUGAUGAACUACAAGAGAAGGAGAAAGAACAGAGUAAAUUAGAUUCUGCACUUGAGAAGUCUCAACUAGAAAUCGAGAAAUUGAAAGAAAAUUUGAUGAAGCUGAAAGAAAAUGAUUCACUUGACCUACAGAGAGCAAAGGAACAUAAUCAGAGGCUGGAUGAGGAAAUACUGGCUUUAAGAAAUCGGGUUAGAUCACUUGACUCAGAAAAAAAAGUGCUUGGAGAAGAGGUUGAAAGGCUUAAAGGAGAAAUUUGUGAAUAUCAAGAGAACAAGCAACUGGGAAACCACUCUCCUGGAAAAACUGUGGGUGCUGAACAGAAAGUAGAGUAUCCAUCACCUGGAGAAAAACUGAAAUACCAGCAGCAAGAAACACUUCACCAGAAUUUGCACCGGCUCCAGGUUCUAUACAACUCAGCUGAAAAAGAGCUUCGAUACGAGCGAGGAAAGAACUUGGACUUAAAGCAGCACAAUAGCUUACUUCAGGAAGAAAACAUUAAGAUGAAAAUUGAACUAAAGCAAGCUCAGGAGAAGUUAUUAGACAGCACAAAGACAUGCUCCUCACUCACGGCAGAGUGGAAGCACUGUCAGCAGAAAAUCAAGGAACUGGAGCUGGAAGUACUUAAACAGGCUCAGAGCAUUAAAUCACAGAACAACCUGCAGGAAAAGCUGGCUCAGGAGAAAUCUAAAGUUGCUGAUGGAGAGGAAAAGAUUUUGGAUCUGCAGCAGAAAUUAGAACAUGCUCAUAAAGUCUGUCUCACAGACACUUGCAUUUUGAGGAGGAAGCAGCUAGAGGAGAGGAUAAAGGAAGCAAUGGAAAAUGAAGCUAAAAUGAAGCAGCGGUAUGAGGAGGAACAGCAGAAGAGGAAACUCCUUGAUCAGAAUAUGAAUGAGCUACAAAAGCAAGUGAAACUCCUACAGGAUAAAGAGAAUCAACUGGAAAUGACCAGUUCUCAGCAACAAUCCACAAUUCAGCAACAAGAGGCCCAACUUAAACAACUGGAAAAUGCAAAAAGAACAUCUAAUGAGCAUCUCAAGAGCAACCAGGAAUUGUCAGAGAAGCUGUCUAGGCUGCAACAGGAGAAGGAAGCUCUACAUCAAGAGUACGGGAAAGUUUUGAACCAGCUGGAUGUCCACGUGAGAAACUAUCACGAGAAACAUCACCACCAAAAAGCCAAGCUUCGCAGAAUCAAGGAUCGUUUAGUUCAUGAAGUAGAACUACGAGAUGACAGAAUUAAACAACUUGAAAAUGAGACCAGAGCCCUGUGGCAACAAGUGGAAAAGGAGAAGGUGUUCCAGGACCAGGUCAUUGCCCAGAAUGAUAUCCUGCUCCUAGAAAAAAGUAAACUCCUGGAGCAACUCACCGAGCAAGAAGAACUGAUCCACAGCAACAAAGGGGUCAUAUCUUCAGUCCAGAGCAGAGUACUUUUACUGGAUAAAGAAAACAAGCAGUUACAGGAGAACAGCCUCCAGCUUGUGCAGCAGGUCGGCCUCUUAGAGCGCAUCAUAAGGAGCAUCCACAUCCGCAGAGGAGAGGAAACAACAAUUAGUGACAUUCCUGGAUCUGAAGCAUUGAAUAAAAUCGUGCCCUUACCAAACUCUAGGUUAGUAAAAUGAAGACAGUUAUCUGCAUACCUGAAAGUCAUGGCUGCCUAACUAGUUCUUGUUGCUGGCUUGAGAAAGCAUAGCAUUUUGGGGUAAUUUUCUCUAUGUUUAGUUUUUGAAUCUUCUUCUAAUUCCUUCUUCCCUCAGCUCUGCCUCACCCCACACUUGAUAGAAUCCUGACUUAAGGUAGAAAACAAACAAUCCAUGAAUAUACUUUUGAGGUUAAUUUUAUUUGGUUUUCUUUGUGUUUGACUGUUGUAAAACUUGAAAUACUAUUGAUACCUCAACGCUGUAACCUCAAAGUACUGCCAAGAGAUCCUGUCUCCACAAAGUCCUCACAUG